GUUGGGAGUGGGGGUGAGAUCACUGUGGCCAUUCAAGGGCCACAAUGCUGGGGCGCUGGGACAGAAGGCAAUGCAUCCUGGAGUAUUCAGUAAGCCGCCAAGUGUCGUUUAGACUUUCAGGAGGCCAGGCAGAAUCAAGGACGCCCAGGUUCCAGAGCGUCCUCUAGAAAAGAAAACCGGUUUGGGGGAAGGGAGUGCAGGCUGGGCAACUUGUCUGAAUUGCCAGUCACAGUGCCAGGCGAAAGGGCACCGCUAAUGAGGGCCUGACCCGGGGCCCCAGGCGAGGCAGGAUUGGAGAGCCACCGGGGCGAUUAGCAAGAGGCGGCAUCACUGUGGAGAAGCUCUGACUACGGGGUGGGGGGGGUUCGGGGGCACCGAGAAGAGUGACGCUGAUCCGGCCUUGACCUCAGGGACGCCCGGGGCGGGCGGCGGGGCCUGGCACACACAGGUCGUGGCAACGUGAGCCGGGCGAUCGCGGGUUGGCUCCCGGAGGGACGCAGAGGGAGGGCGCGGUCCCCGCGGAGGUGUCGGAGCGGAGCUCCAGGGACGCAGAGCGACCCGGGGCAGAGCUCUGCACCAGCGCCGGCGUCGUCGCGCACCGCGCAGCCCUGGCGAAGGGUGGGUGGGACUUGGAGCCAAGGCCCACGAUCCACUCGGGAACUUCCGGCGACACUCGGCAGGGCCCCCUCCCCCGACCGCAGCGUGGGGUCCCGGCCGAGCCGGAAACAGCCGAGCGGAUCCGGAAACAGCCGACAGGACCCGGAAGCGGGCCGCGCCGUCAUCAGGGAGUGCGGGAAUCCGCCGUUUGAGCUGAGGUGAUGGCGGCAGCUGCGCCCGCGGCUCCCGGCGAGGACCCGCAACUGAGACGGCCGAGGAGCGCUCUGGAACCUCCACUCGAGGAGGGGUCAGAAGUUGAAGCCGAGUCAGGUGAGCUCUGCCGGCUUCGGGCUGAGCUGGCAGGUGCCCUGGCAGAAAUGGAGACCAUGAAGGCUGUAGCCGAGGUGAGCGAGAGCACCAAGGCCGAAGCAGUGGCUGCAGUACAGCGGCAGUGCCAAGAAGAGGUGGCCUCUCUGCAGGCCAUCCUGAAAGAGUCCAUCAGCAGCUACGAGGCCCAGAUCGCAGCCCUGAAGCAGGAGCGGCAGCAACAGCAGCAGGACUAUGAGGAGAAGGAACGGGAGCUAGACCACCUCAAGCAGCUGCUGGCCCGCGCCCACCCCCUGGACUCCUUGGAGAAGCAGAUGGAAAAGGCCCACGAGGACUCUGAGAAGCUGCGGGAGAUUGUGCUGCCUAUGGAGCAGGAGAUCCAGGAGCUGAAGGCAAAGCUGCUGAAGGCCGAGGAGCUGAUCCAGGAGAUCCAGAGACGCCCCCGGCUGCCCCCUGCCCUGCAUAGCUCUGCAGAGUCACUGCCCCUGUCCCGAAACCCAUCUCCCCCACUGGAGCCCCUGGAAGAGCUGAGCGGAGAUGGGGGGCCUGCGGCUGAGGCCUUCGCACACAACUGUGAUGACAGCGCAUCCAUCACCUCCUUCUCCCUGGGCGGGGCCGGAAGCAGCGCCUCCCUGCCCCGUGGACGCCAGCGCCUGAGCCCAGAGCAGGAGGAGACGGCCUCUCUGGUGUCCACUGGCACCCUGGUCCCUGAGGGCAUCUACCUGCCCCCUCCUGGGUACCAGUUGGUGCCAGACACGCAGUGGGAGCAGCUGCAGGUGGAGGGGCGGCAGCUGCAGAAGGACCUGGAAACUGUCAGCCAGCAGCGGGAUGAGCUGCAAGAGGGCCUGAGACGGAGUAACGAGGACUGUGCCAAACAGAUGCAGGUGCUCCUGGCCCAGGUCCAGAACUCCGAGCAGCUGCUCCGGACCCUGCAGGGCACCGUGAGCCAGGCUCAGGAGCGCGUGCAACUGCAGAUGGCAGAACUGGCCACCUCCCACAAGUGCCUGAGCCAUGAAGUAAAGCGGCUAAAUGAGGAAAACCAAGGGCUCCGGGCUGAGCAGUUGCCCCCUGCAGCCCAACAAGGCCUAGAGCCACACCAGGGCGAGGAGGAGGCACUGCCCAGCUCCGUGCCGGAGCUGCAGCAGCUGGUGCAGCGCACACGGCAGGGGGCAUGGGCUCGGCAGCAGGCACAGGAGCACGAGGCUGAGCGCCUGCGCAUCGAGAUCGUGACACUGCGGGAGGCGCUGGAGGAGGAGACGGUGGCCAAGGCCAGCCUGGAGGGGCAGCUGAGGGUGCAGCGGGAGGAGGCAGAGGUGCUGGAGGCCUCCCUGUGCAGCCUGAGGACCGAGGUAGAGCGGCUCCAGCAGGAGCACAGCAAGGCCCAGCUCACAGACCUCCUCUCCGAGCAGAGGGCUAAGACACUGCGCCUGCAGGCAGAGCUGGAGACCAGUGAGCAAGUGCAGAGGGACUUUGUGCGGCUCUCCCAAGCCCUCCAGGUGCGCCUGGAGCGGAUCCGCCAGGCAGAGACUCUGGAGCAAGUUCGAGGCAUCAUGGACGAGGCGCCCCUGAGGGAUGUCAGGGACAUCAAGGACAGCUGAGGGGCAAGGCCGGAAGCCACACGUCCCUGUCCCCUCCCACCCUAGAGAGGACCAUCCUCCUCCCAGACCCCCAGGGUCUGGACUGCGGGGCUCAGGAUGCAGUCCACCCUCUCUAGGCCUGGAGGUCCAGUGCUGGGGGGGCACCCCCAGCCCCUCCCCUCAGGAUGACCGGCCCCUCUGCUCUCAGGGAUGACACCUGGGUGAGGGCCCUGCCCCCUCCCAGAACCAAAGGCGCAGGCUGAGGCCUGUGGCUUUCUGGCUGCCAUGCUGCCUCCUGGGCCCGCCUGGCCUUCCCGCCCUGCCCCUGCCGGGGUGUCUAGGAUAUGUCUCCUGCAGCCAGCCCUGCCUGUGGUGACCGCCAGCCCUCCGGCAUCAGCAGGUCCUCCAGCUGCUUCCUGGACUGCAUGACACUAAGGCGCUUGACCCCUGGCUUGGCGCAGGCCCGAGACGCGAGUGGAGGCGAGGCCAGAAUUUUUUCUGUCAUUUAUUUUCAAUAAAUAAGCAGCUCAGUCAGU